AGGAAAAUAUAGAAGAAGCAUCAGAUUUUAAAUUAUUUUUUUUGUUUUUGUAGACUAUACACUCCGGAUAAGUUUAAUCGACUGUGUUUAUUGAGCGUUAAUGUUUUAGUAUGUUUGUUUUGGUGGCUUAGUGGGGCGGCUGGAAUAAUACAAAUCGGUUUGGUUGUUAAGCGGGAUCUUAAGGGAGUAGGCCUAGGGUCCCUAUUUCUAAACACAGACUAAGAUUGUUUUGUAGAAAUCCUUUGCGAAAAAUGUGACGUCUUAUCUGAAAUGCUUCCUUUGGAAGUUCAAGCCCAGUCGGCUCGUUGUCCUCUGAGGAUCACGAUUUUGAUCCAACAGCAGAAAUGUUAGUGCAUGAGUAUGAUGAUGAGCGAACUCUUGAGGAGGAGGAACUGAUGGAGGGAGACAGAAACUUCAGUGCAGAAAUCGAAGAUCUACAAAAGGAAGGUACCAUGCCCAUAGAAGAGCUGCUGGCCAUUUAUCGAUAUGAAGCGUCUGUCAGUACUGUUGCAGGCUCAAGUGUGGGUAGCUCUCCGGGGGAACUGACAGAUGAGUUACCUGAUAUGACUUUAGACAAGGAGGAAAUAGCUAAAGACCUCUUAUCUGGUGAUGAUGAAGAAACACAGUCCUCAGCUGAUGAUUUGACCCCAUCAGUUACUUCACAUGAGACAACAGAUUUCUUCCCUCGGACUCUAAGAUCAAACGCGAUAUAUGAUUGUGAUAGAGAGUCAGAGGGGGAAGAUGAUGGUGUAAAUCCCUCUGAAGACUCAAGAAAGGAAAUAAUGGUAGGCUGUCAGUACCAAGCAGAAAUUCCCUCCCAUCUGUGCAAGUAUACUGAUGAUGAAAAGGCAUAUGAAGAUGACGAUCAACUCCUUUGGAGCCCAAAUGUCCUGCCUGAGAGUGAGGUUAAAGAUUUCCUGCAUGAGGCAUCAUUGCGGGUAGUAGAUGGAAAGACACAGGCAACAGCAGAAGGCACUCAAGUUAGAGACAAUGAGCAAGCAUUGUACAAACUAUUGAAGUGUAACUAUAAUGUCCAUGAAGCACUUGAAAGGUACCGCAGGGAUGGAAAGUCUUUGAAAGAUGAAAUGCUCCCAUGGACAGAAGAAGAAUGCAGAAAUUUUGAACACGCACUUCAGAUAUACGACAAGAAUUUCCAUCUUGUACAAAAACAUAAGGUUACAACAAGAACUGUUGCUGAAUGUGUAGCCUUUUAUUAUGUGUGGAAAAAGUCAGAACGUUUUGAUUACUUUGUCCAGCAAAAUAGAUUUGGAAAGAAAAAAUACAGCAGCUACCCUGGUGUGACGGACUUAAUGGAUCGGCUUGUUGAUGAAGCUGAAGGGUUGGGAGUAGACUGUUCUCCUUCAGUAUGUUCAAGCAGUGGCAGAAUGGAGCCCAUUCCUGACCAACAGCUCAGCAUACUGAACUCAAUCACUGCUAGUGAUUUGACAGCACUGACCAAUACUGUGGCCACAGUCUGCAACUCAGCAGAUGUAAACUGUUUGGAAUCCUAUACUUUCUCCCCACUGGACAGCUUGCACAGAGGACCACUGAACCAUGUGCCUGUUGUAAAUGAAGAGCCCUUAAACUUUACUACUAAUGGCGAUAAUGACUGUCUGAAUUUAUUAGAUGCUGGAUUCUACCACUCUGAUUUGAACCAGAUCAAUAUGUGCAGCGAGGACUGCGAAAGGCCUGCAAAGAGAUUAAAAAUGGGUCUUUCCGAACCAUUUAUCAAUGACGUUUCUGUAAAUAAUCUUGGUGUGGACUUUGAGAACCACACACAUCACAUCACAAGUGCCAAGAUGGCUGUGUCGGUGGCAGACUUUGGUAGCUUGUCCUCAAAUGAGUCUAAUGGAUUCAUGAACUCGCACACACUACAUCAACACGCAGCUCUCCAAUCUGAGUGACUGACAAUGAGAAAACAAUGAUUCAUUACCAUUAAGCUUUAUGGCUUAAACCAUCAAGUGUGUAAAUAUACUCAUUCACUGGAAGUUUUAAUUUCUUAUUUUUUUUUUUUAAACUAUGACAUCAGUGAUGUCUUAUCAUAUAGACCUAAAUCUUGAUUUCUCAAGAGUUAAAAUAGCCAUUUAUUUUUCAGUCCUAAAUGUGGAAGUGUCAUAAGUUGAUGUUCAUAGAAGCUUGGAUCUUAAUAGUGUGGUGUAAGUGUGAGCUAUGCAGGCUUUUUUUUUUUUUUUUUUUUUGUCUCCCCCUUUCUUCUAUGAGCUGCUAGACAACUUAUGACCACAUCUCUAAACCAAUGACAAUGUUCUUGAGCCACUUAGAAUGGCUGCCAUAACAUUUUUUUUGUUUUGAAAUGGGUACUUUUGGAAUACAGGUACCAAGACUAGACUCUGGCUAAUGUAGCAUUUUGUAAGGGUCCAAGCUUUUAUAUUUUAUGCACAGAUUAGUGCGAACACUUUCUUAAAUGGAGCCUUCUGUAUAUCAGAAGGGGAGCACUUCAGUUUACAAAACCGUAAGAAUUUUUUUGUGGAAGCAGGCAAAGGGACUGCAUCUGAAAAGCGGGGAAGGCAUCAGUUUUCUAGCGGGCAAAUUGGUGUGACUGCCAUACGACAGAAGUUGGACUCCACUGCCAGAUCUCUCUCUGUAUUUUAACCUUGUCAAAUUGGCUAGAAAUUUAACAUUUCAAUUUUAUUUUAUACAAAAUAUUUUUUUUCCAAGCCAAUGAAAGUUUGUGAUUUAUGGUAUAUUAAGUUACACGUUUCUUGGUGUAUCCUAAAAUAAGUUCAUAUACUAUAGUUAAAGUACUGUUUUUUAUUUGGUAUUAAACAUACUUUUGUGACAUUGUUUUAAAAGUAGUGAUGUGAAAAACUGCAGUCCAUAAUGUUUAGAGUUGGGAAUUAUCUGUAUUUCAGUUGUCUAGGUGUAUAGUUUUCAGUAUCACAUGGCAACAAAUGGGGUUGCCUAGUUAAUAAAAAUGACUGCAGCACAUUUUAAGCAGUAAAGCAUUUACUCAGCACCUAUGUGAUCAUAGGUUUUCGUCAUGUCUUGUAUUUCAAUCAUGACGGUCUGAGUCUUGAAACUGAAAAUGGUCAUUUGUGGAUAGUUAAAGGGUGGGUAUUUAUUAAAUAACAUUAUGAACUGCACUCAUCACUCAUUGCUACUUUAGUCUUUGUAUGUUUCAGUGCUUUUCUAGCAAUUGUACAGUGAAUUAAAUUUGCUAAAUACAUAGGCACAUUGAACUUUUCUUAAUUUUGAGAAGUAUAAGAAAAUCUAUUUUGACUGACUUGAGUACUAUUUAUGUAAGUUAAGUGCAUGUACAUCUUUAGUAGGCUUGUCAUGGUGAAUAGUUAAAAAAAUAAAAUCUAUAUAAUAUAGUUCAAAUGUUUUAUUGUGCGAAAGGGUGUAAACACAUAAGGACACAACACUUAACGGGUAGCCUUGGCUUGUGCCAGUAUUAUGUAAUUUCCCACAUUGUCAGCUCCUUGUUGCAGUGUUUUGUGCAAGUCUUUGCAAUGUGUUGAAUCCCUAUUUUCAAACUCUGUCAUCUGAAUCUAGCUGCAUAUGGAGAAUAUGGUGUACACAUUGAUUAUGUAUUUUGAGUUUAUUAGCUGGUCUUCUCACAUGCUCAUGACAAAUGCCUUUGCUCAAUGCUUGCAAGAUCAACCCAUUGCCAGUUGUUAAUGCAGUACUGGUGUUUACUUAAUUUAUCUAUGCAUUUGAAGAGAUCUAAAAUAUGGUAGGACAUUUUUUCAGGGCUACUGAAUUUUGAAUGUCAAUUCACAAAAAAUGUGGUUACUUAAAAUGGCAGUCUCAUGAUGCAAAGAAUUGAAGGUUACUGAAUUAUUAAUUGUUGGGUAGUCUUGAAAAGUCAAACUUGUUUGACCACUUAAACUUGUGAAUUUGUGUUGACAAAGAUUUUAAUUUGUUAUAAGGCAAUAAUUUGUAAAUAUGUAUAGACUUUACCUUUUUAGAUUAAACUUUGUUUUGAAAUUUUGUUUUCUGUCCUCUGCAGCAUGUCCAUGCAUGAUAGCUGCAAAUUCACACAGUGUACCACUAAAAAGGCUUUACGUUUGUACCUAGCUAUUUAAUGUUGCAUUUGCUUUUAAAGUUUAUAUAUUUGUUCCUGUAAAAUAACUUCUUUUGAUACAGAUUGUACUAUUUGGUAAACGAUUUUGAGGAUUAAUCAUCAAAGAUUCAUAUAUGUGGUAAAUGCAGAUAACAAACCACAUCAACUCUACAGACCUAAAAAUCGUUUGAGGUGAAAUCAUCAUUCAGUUCUGAAAAGAAAUUUGCUGUUCAGAACAUUUCCAUCACACAUAAAACAAAAGUGGGUUGGAAUCAUGUGUUUUUUUGCAAGUGGUUAUAGAAACACACAAUAUUUGGAUCUGAAGAUUAAUGUUGCGUAUGAAAUGAUUUUAUCGUGAGCUUUUUAAAAAGGUUAAAGGCAUAAGGAGUCCUAAGAGUUUUAACACUAAAAGGAAACAAGUGCUUUGAAAUUGGUUAAUGUAGGAUUUAAGUGCAGGUCUUGGUUGUCUGAUUCUUAACUUUUAGACCUAUCAAACUCUGUGUGCUUUGUUAAUAGCUUUCUUACCUGUCAAACUGUUUGUUUCAAUGCUUUUUACAAUACAUUAAUAUACCUUUACAUAUAAAAGCAGGUAAUGUCUUACCUAGAAAGCUUUUAAGUAUUUGUAUAAAGUUAUUGACAAUUGGAUGACUGGUAAAAUAAGUCCCUGGUGCUGUGGAUAUAGCAAUACUUUUCUUUUUUUCAUAACAAGCCUUUUCAUAUUUGCCGACAUACUUAGUUCUCCCUCAUAUUGAACUUACUUGAAGGAUGUACAUUACCGUGAUACUGGUUGGAAAAUACUAAAGUGUGUACAAUUGGGUCAUUCAGAUUUGUGCAAUUCUUUCCUCUUGUCCAUGCUGAGCUUUAGCUUCAGCAAAACCAAGUGAUAUUUGCUUUAUCCAAAGCUUGUAUGAAACAGUCCUGGGUACAAUUAGAAUUAAACUAAUGGAAAUUUACUUGUAGGGAAGUAUAUGUAUAUUUGAAAGCCCUCCCCCUGAAAUAUGUAAAAUAAAAUGUGAUAUUUUAAAGAAAUAGUCAGUAUACUUUGUUUUGUUAGUGUAUAUUGAUUUGACUUUUGGAUUUGUUUAUUUUUUUUUUCCUUUUACUUUUAAUAAAUAGAGCAAAGAGGAGAAAAAACAUUAACAGUAUUGCUGAGUGGAAUUAUUAUUAUGAUGGUUAAAAAAUAAAACAACAAAAAAAGCCUGAUUUAUAGACAAUCAAAACUGCAUUUAGUAUCAGGAAUGUUCAAGGGGAAAUCUUUGUUUUAAUAUUUGUACAUAAACACUGAAUUAUUAUUAUUAUUAUUAUUUUUUGGUUUUGUUGAGCAUUAUUUUGUAUUUUCUGUUGUACUUUUAAUACCUGGUGUAAAUAUCCAGAAAUAAAAAUCUGGAAAUCUUA